CACUCUUCGAGCUUGGAGUGUUUUUCUGGAACAAACAACAGGAAGCCGGGGUAAGCAACUAGUCGAACACUACCGCUGGGAAAUGCUUCAGGUUUUGGAAGAGGAACGAAAUCUUCUUAAGGCUAAAGCAGCAUCCUCAGCACCAUCCAUCCUUGGCCCCCUUUUCAUCAAGGGGAAAAGCGGCUCAAGGAUGGGCUCAGGGAUGCGACGCGGUAGCUCUAAUGAAGGAGAAGAGCAACAGCAACCUAGUCGUGGCCAACAUACGAGGACGCGGGCUCCAGCAGGAACAGCGUCGGAUAAACACGUGCGUUCUACAACUUCGGGAAAAAAUACACCGGCGUCUUCCGUGAGUGCUGCUGCGCCAGCGUCUUCCACUACCAGAGUCGUGAAUCAUGGAACCGGUGCGUCUGUGUCUGCUGAGAACCCGAAGGAUGAUGAAGAAUCAAUGUCAGAUGAAGAUGAAAGUGAAUAUGGAGCAGAAGGC